CGGAUGUAAGCAAGUGGUGGCCUCUCUAAUCUCAUAACAGAAAACACGACAGAAACAAGAAAAGCCUCGAAGUGAAGCUGAACCUAAGCACUUGCAAAAUUAUAGUACCAACCAAACAAGCAGUUGAUGGUGUAACACAAACUUCUCACCGCCAUAUCCUCCCCUAAAUUAAUAAGACAUAAGCACAAGCGCUUGCCCAGAUUUUUUGUAAUGGACCCAUCUGCUUCACAUAUCUGAAUUACUCAUUAAGGAAUUGGAAGUAUAAAGCUGCAAUGUAUGCAAAGAGAAUCAGCUGUAGAUAUCAGAGAUGGGGUUCAGUAUUUCUGCCGCCUAAGCAUUGGAUCAGGUCGAACUGCCAGGAUCAUGCUUGUUAUCGACCUUUUAGCUAUACAGCUAAAGUAGGAGCACCAUCAUCAAAUAUUACUUUUAUCAGAAGAUGUGUAGUAGAUUCGUUUAAAUCACAAGGCACUAGCCGCGAGUUUAGUUUUUCUGGUUUGCAUUCAAGGCCUAAUGUAUGUUUCAGUACUAGACAAUUACGAUCAUACAGUUCUGAAGGUGAUGGUAGGAAUGCCAGUGAGGAUAAACAAGCAUCUGUUAAAGAUGGAAUCAACUCUAAUGGUGGAAAGACUCGCUGCCAAAUGGCUAAAGAAGGAGUUCAAUCUGCGCAUGCUCAACUUGCAGAACAAGAUCAAAGGGAAUGGCUUACAAAUGAGAAGCUUACCUUAGAAAGUAAAAAGAAGGAAUCCCCUUUUUUGACUAGACGUGAAAGGUUUAAAAAUGAUAUUUUGCGCAGAGUUAUUCCGUGGGAGAGAAUACCUGUUUCCUGGGAAACUUUUCCCUACUACAUGAAUGAGCAUACCAAAAGUGUUUUAGUGGAAUGUGUUGCUUCCCAUCUGAAACACAAGAAAUUUACUGCUUCUUACGGAUCUCGCUUGACAUCGUCAAGUGGGAGAAUACUGCUACAGAGUAUUCCAGGUACUGAGCUUUACCGGGAGAGAGUAGUCAAAGCUCUUGCACGAGAACUGCAAGUUCCAUUAUUGCUUCUUGACAGCAGUGUUCUCGCUUCUCAUGAUUUUGGUGAUGAUUGCUCAUCUGACUAUGAAUCAGAUGAUAAUGCAGAAUCUGGGGAAGGGUGUACCUCAGAGUCAGAAGUAGAUGAUGAAAAUGAUGCAGGUAAUGAAGAGGAAUGGACAAGCAGUGCUGAGGCAAAAUCAGACUGCAGUGAUGAUGAUGUAGUUGAUGUGGAGGCAACUGCUGAAGCAGCUCUCAAGAAGCUGAUUCCCUGCAGCCUUGAAGAGUUUGAGAAGAGAGUCUGUGGAGAAUCUGACAGUUCCUCUGAAACAUCCAAGUCUGAGGCUGCUGAGCCCGCUGAAACCCCCAAACGGCCACUUAAGAAAGGGGAUCGGGUGAAGUAUAUCGGACGGUCUACUGUUAUUAAAGAUGAUAAAAGGAUCAUAUUGGGCAAGAUACAAACACAUGAUGGUCUGAAAAAUGCUUAUACCUUGGUCAAUGGCAGGCCUUUACCAAGUGGUCAACGUGGGGAGGUAUAUGAGGUGAACGGAGAUCAAGUUGCUGUAAUUUUGGAUAUCAUUAGUGAUAACCAAGAAAAUGGACAGAGGGAUGAGAAGCUUGAAGAGCAGCCUGCAAAACCACCUCUUUAUUGGAUUAAAGCUAAGAACGUUGAGCAUGAUCUUGACAUGGAGGCAGAAGACUGCUACAUUGCGAUAGAGGCCUUAUGUGAGGUUUUACGGUCCAUGCAACCCCUCAUUGUCUAUUUUCAAGAUUCUUCUCUGUUGUUUAGUGCACUUUCUAAGUCAAAUCGCAAGGAUUUUGUCCAGAAGGUGCAGGAAAUGUUUGAUCAAAUACCAGGUCCUGUUGUAUUGAUGUGCGGCCAGAACAAAGUUGAAGAUGGUUCAAAGGAUAAAGAUAACAUUACGAUGAUUCUUCCGAAUUUUGCUCGUCUAACGAAGCUGCCUCUCACUUUGAAGCACCUUGCUGAGGGAUUACGGGUGACAAAGCGGUCAGAUGACUGUCAAAUAAAUAAGCUUUUCACGAAUGUUUUGUCCAUUUAUCCCCCAAAGGAGGAAGAUCAUCUUAGAAUAUUUAAUAAACAGAUUGAAGAGGAUAGAAGAAUUGUUAUAUCAAGGAGCAAUUUGAAUGAACUAUAUAAGGUUCUUGAAGGAAAUGAAAUGUCUUGCAUAGACUUAUUGCACAUUAAUACAGAUGGAGUAGUACUCACAAAACAGAAAGCUGAAAAAGUUAUUGGUUGGGCUAAGAAUCAUUACUUAUCAUCUUGCCUGCUUCCAUCUAUAAAAGGAGACAGAUUGCUGUUGCCUCGUGAGAGCCUUGAAAUUGCUCUUACAAGGUUGAAGGAGCAAGAAACUGUAUCUGAAAAGCCAUCAUUGAAUUUGAAGAACCUUGUGAAAGAUGAGUAUGAAACCAAUUUUAUUUCAGCAGUGGUUCCUCCCGGUGAAAUUGGUGUCAAGUUUGAUGAUGUUGGUGCUCUUGAAGAUGUGAAGAAGGCAUUGAAUGAACUAGUCAUUCUUCCGAUGAGUAGACCUGAACUUUUUUCUCACGGAAAUUUGUUGAGGCCCUGCAAAGGUAUUUUGCUUUUCGGCCCUCCUGGUACUGGGAAAACUCUUAUGGCAAAAGCACUUGCAACAGAGGCUGGCGCAAACUUUAUCAGCAUUACUGGUUCGACUCUUACAUCAAAGUGGUUUGGAGAUGCUGAAAAGCUUACAAAGGCCUUAUUUUCAUUUGCCAGCAAAUUGGCUCCUGUCAUUAUAUUUGUUGAUGAGGUUGACAGUUUGCUUGGCGCACGUGGUGGUGCUUUUGAGCAUGAGGCUACUAGAAGAAUGAGAAACGAAUUUAUGGCUGCAUGGGAUGGAUUGAGGACAAAAGACAGCCAAAGAAUUCUCAUUCUUGGUGCCACAAAUCGCCCAUUCGAUCUUGAUGAUGCUGUGAUUCGCCGCUUGCCAAGAAGAAUAUACGUGGACCUACCGGAUGCGGAUAACCGUAAGAAGAUCUUGAAAAUAAUUCUUACAAAAGAGAAUCUAGAACCUGAAUUCCCAUUUGACAAACUUGCAAACGCAACGGAGGGAUAUUCUGGUAGUGACUUGAAGAACCUCUGUAUUUCUGCAGCAUAUAGACCAGUCCAGGAACUUUUGGAAGCAGAAAAAAAGGUUCACGGUGACGAGAGUGGUGUAGCUUCAGCCAUAAGGCCACUAAAUUUGGAAGAUUUUAUCGAGUCAAAAGCAAAGGUUGGCCCGUCAGUCGCCUUCGAUGCUUCAAGCAUGAACGAGCUCAGGAAAUGGAACGAACAAUAUGGAGAAGGUGGAAGCAGACGAAAAUCACCCUUUGGUUUCUGAAGUUGAUGGAGCUUUCUCAACAUUCAUUUACUUUGGGGAAACCGAAGUAAGUUCAUGUUCCCGCUGCAGUGAAUACAUUGUCAGGAGGGGAGGGAGGCAUUAAUGCCGCGUAAUCGAAAUCCUCCGUCUUCCUCUCAACUCUCUGGGCGGAUUUCAUCCAUAUGCAUCAGCUGUUCCAAACAUUACAUAGAUCUAGUUGAUGGAAAAUCAGCCUCAACAAUUUUUUACACUCUGAUGCACAUUGUUGUCUUAAUAACGUAGCAGUAAUUUAUUUUUAUUAUUUUUUCUGGUUGCAGUUCCGCCAGACUUCGACAUUUUUGAGAUGUUAUAGAUUAGAAGCAGGCCUAUUGCUCUUUGGUUGUAACAUUUUGCCUAAAAUAUGUUAUAACCCAUGCUCGGAGACGAGAAAGAUGGAAGGCCGAGUAGUAAUCAAAUUAUAUAAAUUUAUUUUAAUUCGGUUAAA